CAAAUGUUCAAGACCCCGUGAAAACUGAGGUUACUGCAGUGCUGGCAGUAGCACACGUAGGAUGCUGCACCAGAAAGGUCCCUGCAACAGAAAAUUGUUAAAGUUUGUUUUACAGAACUCUCCACCCUUUCUUUGUACAAAUAUGUGACAUAGCUCAGCCACCGCUUUCUUCCUAGCACUGUAAAAAUCUUGGUUAAACUGUCAGUUUUCUAUCUGAAACAUGUAGAAACAACCGGUUACCUCGGUCUGAUUCCACUUCCAGGCUUUCAUCAUCUGUAAUUUUGGUAAAAAGCUGCUUUUGUUAAUGUGUAAUGCCUCAUAGUAACCGGUUACACUUUUACUACAAAAGGGUGUUUUAUUUUCCCGAGGGAUGAAUAGUAAUCAAGGAUCAGCUGGUAGUGCCAAGUGCCCUGAUAACACAAUUGGCUGCAUACAGCUUUGUUAGGCCCCUUCCUGCCCUUGCCGGGAAGACUUAAGAGAAGAUGUUGGGAGAGCUGUUCUUUACCUGCUUGGCUGUUGGGGAGCUGAAUUUUGGGAUCACUUUGUCUGCCGGGUGAGAAGGUAAGCGCCUGCUUUGAGCACGUGAGGCCCUUACUGAUUAAUGAUGGUGAGGGGAAGGUGAGAGAGGAGAAUAGAUAGAGAGCGUGCUUGAAAAUAAACACGUGAUUUAGGAAAAUUACCCCGAAAUUAAUCACUGACUGAUUUUAAUGUGGAGAGGUGAGGGGGCUGAUGGAGUUGGAAGGAGACAGAAACUGAGGAUUCUGAUUCUAAUCAGAGUAGGGGCUGAUUUGUGUUAUUUUGAUGCUGAUUUAAGUGAGCUGGAGGAGGGCUGCAGUGACCCUGGCCCUGUGCUAGGAAGUGUCUCCCUGCCUAAGCACAGAGUGGAAUCUGGCUUUGAUCUCAUUAACCCCAUCAGCACUGGAUUAGCAGAUGUGUUUCUGGAGCUUGACUCCAUCAGACGCUUGAGGUGUAUAGAAAGUGGCAGAGAUUACUUCAGUAGAAAAAGGGUUUCAGAUGCAUGCCAGGUUCCCGCUGAAUGCCAGCAGCAGAGAUCACUCCAGAUGGAGCCCCAAGGUCAGCAUGGCAGCGGCGGUUCCGUGGUGGUGAUUCAGCAGCCCUCCUUGGACAGCCGGCAGCGCUUGGACUACGAAAGGGAGAGCCAGCCCACGACGAUCUUGUCGCUGGACCAGAUCAAGGCCAUCAGGGGCAGCAACGAGUACACCGAAGGUCCGUCUGUGGUGAAAAAGUCUGCUCCGAGGACAGCACCGAGGCAGGAGAAGCACGAAAGGACUCACGAGAUUAUACCGAUUAAUGUGAAUAAUAAUUACGAACACAGGUCCAGCCAUGUGGGGCACGUGGCGCAUCAGCAUAGCACGAGGGCUCCCGUCCUGAGCCGGUCGACCAGCACGGGGAGCGCGGCCAGCUCCGGGAGCAACAGCAGCGCCUCCUCGGAGCAAGGGCUGCUGGGGCGGUCACCCCCGUCCCGGCCGGGCUCCGGCCACAGGUCCGACCGGACAAUCCGGGCGCAGCCCAAGCAGUCGUCUCUGAUCGUGGAUGAUCUGAAGGGUCCUUUGAAAGAGGACUUGACGCAGCACAAGUUCAUCUGCGAGCAGUGUGGGAAGUGCAAGUGCGGGGAGUGCACGGCGCCAAGGGCGCUGCCGUCCUGCCUGGCCUGCAACCGGCAGUGCCUGUGCUCGGCCGAGAGCAUGGUGGAGUACGGCACCUGCAUGUGCCUGGUCAAAGGGAUCUUCUACCACUGUUCCAACGACGAUGAAGGGGACUCUUACGCGGAUAAUCCCUGCUCCUGCUCCCAGUCACACUGCUGUUCUAGGUACCUGUGCAUGGGAGCCAUGUCCUUGUUCCUGCCUUGCUUGCUCUGCUACCCUCCGGCCAAAGGAUGCCUAAAACUCUGCCGAGGGUGCUACGACCGCGUCAAUCGUCCGGUGCUGCGACCUGAAAACAAACAUCCUCCAGAACACGUUGUCCGGAGGCACAAACGUCUGACAGAGGCUCUGCCCCAAGGGGCUGAACCCCAUUGUGUUUGUGCAAGAAGGAGCACAAUGGGACAUCCUGCCUGA